AUGAGCGCAGAGUCCUACCGCACAGUUACAGAGAUUCACCUGCCAUCCGAUUCUACUCUUUCAGCGACACUUCGCGGUGCUCCUGAACAUCCCAUUUUCGAGACUGAGUGCUCGUACUCGAGAUUUGACAUCGAGGUGGCUGCCUUGCAGAUCGACCAGAGCAAUCUGAACACGCAACGCAUGCUAGAUCUCAUGGCAGUGGGUCAGGAAAAUGGUCCCAUCCAGCUAUCUAUGCAUACGGUCCAGCGCAUUCUCCGUGAGAUGCGCAUUGUACAGCAGGCCACGAAUGGCGACGGCUGGACUCUGGAGAGCUUUAUGCCGCAGCUUCUUAGGAAUGCCUGGUUGACGCCGCAGAGAAUCUCCCGGGGGUCAGACUGGCAGCCAAAGGCUCGUCGCUUGAUCAUCGUCGAUCUGUCCUGUCCGUGCAUCUCGCCCGAGACGGCGUGUGCAUUGUUCAACGUCUGCUUGACCAUCUUCCUCGAGCAGGGCCCGGAAACGGCUAGAUAUAUGAAUGCCUCAAUCGAGGCCCGCAAAUUCACCGACACCCUUUUGUCGGCCGUCCGGCUGCAGCGCCACCUCGGGGUCCGCAUGAUUAUCUUCACCCAGGAGCCCACAAUCUCGGCCACCCUGCUCAGUCUGUGCUCAACCACAAUCGUCCAUCGAUUCACGUCUCCCAACUGGCUCAAGGUCUUGCACAGACACCUCGCCGGCGCCGUCGAGGAGCCCCACCGGAGCGAUUGCGAUGACCCCAGCGUCCAAUCGCACGUCUCACUGCUCAACCAGAUUGUAGACCUUCAAGUCGGCGAGGCGCUUCUCUUCUCGCCCAGUUCUUCACGGACCUGA